AUGUCGCGUUCAACGACUCAACGCUCCUACCUAAAGGACCUCCAUCAACUCUAUCGGAUGAUUGAGGCAUCAACACAUGGUCAGGCCUCCAUAGUCGCAGCCAAUGAAAUGUCAGUGGUGGUCUCGCUUCAUCCCAACUCUGGUUACAACGCGCACGCUGCCUUCACGGUGGAAAUUAAGUGCUCUUUAACUUUCCCAAGAGACGCUCCAGAAGUAAAAUUCGCGUCACCAAUCUUCCAUCCCAAUAUCGACAUUGAGACGGGAGACGUUUGUCUUAACAUCCUGGAUAAAUGGCUUAGCUGUUACAAUUUGCUGGAUGUGGUGAAAUCCCUUCUCUUCCUGAUCGAUCAUCCGAAUUUCGAUUCGGCAAUCAACCCAUUUACACACCUGGAGAACAUGAAGUUGUUGGCAAAAAAGACAAUGAGGGUGUUGGCUGGAUUGCCUGUGAAUGGGCAGCAAUUUGCUCCUAACAAAGCGUGGUGUGAGUGGGCUGAGGCCCAUGGAUGCCUUCCAGCAGGUGAAGAAGAAGAAAACGACGAAGAUGGUGCCGGCAAUAUUUGGGAGGAUGUGACGCAGGUGGUAGGUGUGGAAAGGGAGCCAGAGACAGACGAUGAGCACGAGGCUAUCUCUAGUGUCGACGCUUUUGCGAACAAAGUAGGUGCAUUAUUUUCAGCUUUCAUUUAA